AUGGCUACUUCUCCUCAAUCAUCGCGCAUGCCCUCUCACUACGAGUUUCGAAAAUCCAAGAAGCGCCCCGCCGACACUGCUGCAGAGGCGCCCGCACCGGCAAAACUUGUCAAAACGGACCUCAAACUCGACAUCAAAGGCGCCGCGGAAAGAGUCAAGCAGUCUUCUAGACCCUCGGCCAGUGCGAACACUACCAACAAGAAUGUGUUUGAGCAACGGGACAAGACUUUGCGAGCAGAGAAGAAGCCUGCGACACCCUCGGAAAGACCAACCUCUGAUAAAAGAGCCAUCGCCGGAUUGACUCGAGCACCGGCUCAUCCGAGAGUAACUCAGAAGCGCGAUGUACCUCCUAACAUUAUUUCUGACACCAAAGCGACGGCCAAGCAUGUCGGCACGCAGAGAAAGCUGAAGUCCGCGAUGAAGAAGUCUUCAGAUGCGUCGGGACCCAGACCAAAGAAGAGAGCCAAGUUCAAGGAGGAGGAGCCGGCGGAUCUUGACCCGGACGACUUGGAGCCAUCAUUCCCGCCGCCCAUGUUCACGCCACAAGCACCACCAGGAUACCCACCUGAGAUUCGCGAUCCUACAGACAAGAUCCAGUUUCUCGAGUAUCAAGUCGAAUACCUCAAGAAACACCCCCCAGAAGAGAAGAUUUGGGCGCUCGAGGCUAUCAUCGAGGGCUUGCUUGAUGACCUUGCCAACAACGCAAGACUCAAGCCACUACUGAAGACCGCAAAGGCAGAGGAGUGGAAAUUGCGAGAAGCGUGUGAUGAUCGGGUCGCCAACGAGAGGGUUCGCUUCGAGAAGAGGCUUGCUGAGGCGACGGAGGCUUUCGAAAAGAAGACAUCGAUUAAAACCGAGGCCAAUUCAAGGCUUCAGAAGAAGUAUCUUGACUUGAAAGAGGAGAUGCGCGCUUUGCAAAACAGUAAUGCUGAGCUCCGGGCACAGCAGACCGACCAGCAAGAAAAGCAGAAUGCAGCCAAUACCAAAGGACAACAGAAGAUGCAGCAUCUCGAGGAGAAGCUUGCGUUAUCGCAGCAGCAGAACCAGCAUCUCAAGGAGCAGGACGCCUUGUCACAGCAGCAAAUCGAACACCAGGAAACGAAGACCGCGCUGCGAGACGCCUACAAUGCUCAGCUCAAGGAAUUCAUCGUGAAGGCCGAGAAACAGGUGCCAACACCAGUGAGAGUGUACAAAGGAUGGGACUCGACUUUCUCGGUGGAGAAGAUUCUAGCAUGGAUGAAGGAUUAG